UGGGGAGCAAGAUUCCCGCGACUCACAACCGGAUUCCAGUCAUCUAGAGGAAGAACAAAUUCGCCUGUUUUACCCUCAAUGUUGGGCAGCAGCACGUUCAAAAACAUGCAGCGCCGACACACAACGUUGAGAGAGAAGGGCCGCCGCCAAGCCAUCCGGGGUCCUGCCUACAUGUUCAACGAGAAGGGUACCAGCCUGACUGCGGAGGAGGAGCGCUUCCUGGAUUCAGCCGAGUAUGGCAACAUCCCUGUGGUCAGGAAGAUGCUGGAGGAGUCCAAGACCCUCAACUUCAACUGCGUGGACUACAUGGGGCAGAACGCGCUGCAGCUGGCCGUGGGCAACGAGCACCUGGAGGUCACCGAGCUGCUGCUCAAGAAGGAGACGCUGGCGCGGGUCGGGGACGCGCUGCUGCUGGCCAUCAGCAAGGGCUAUGUGCGCAUCGUGGAGGCCAUCCUCAACCACCCGGCUUUCGCACAGGGCCAGCGCCUGACGCUCAGCCCGCUGGAGCAGGAGCUGCGGGACGAUGACUUCUACGCCUACGAUGAGGAUGGCACGCGCUUCUCGCACGACAUCACCCCCAUCAUCCUGGCGGCGCACUGCCAGGAGUAUGAGAUCGUGCACAUCCUGCUCCUCAAGGGCGCCCGGAUUGAGCGGCCCCAUGACUACUUCUGCAAGUGCACCGAGUGCACCGAGAAGCAGCGCAAAGACUCCUUCAGCCACUCACGAUCGCGCAUGAACGCCUACAAGGGACUGGCAAGUGCAGCCUAUUUGUCUCUGUCCAGCGAAGACCCUGUCCUCACCGCUCUGGAGCUGAGCAACGAGUUAGCCAGACUAGCCAACAUUGAGACUGAAUUCAAGAACGAUUACAGGAAGUUAUCUAUGCAAUGCAAGGAUUUUGUGGUGGGCGUGCUGGACCUGUGCCGAGACACAGAAGAAGUGGAAGCGAUUUUAAAUGGUGAUGUGAACUUCCAAAUCUGGUCCGACCACCACCGUCCAAGUCUGAGCCGGAUCAAACUCGCCAUUAAAUAUGAAGUCAAGAAGUUCGUUGCUCAUCCUAACUGUCAGCAGCAAUUGCUUACCCUGUGGUAUGAAAACCUCUCAGGCUUACGUCAACAGUCUAUCGCUGUGAAAUUCCUGGCUGUCUUCGGAGUCUCCAUAGGCCUCCCUUUUCUCGCCAUAGCCUAUUGGAUUGCUCCGUGCAGCAAGCUAGGACGAACCCUGAGGAGUCCUUUCAUGAAGUUUGUAGCCCACGCAGUUUCUUUUACAAUCUUCUUGGGAUUGUUAGUUGUGAAUGCAUCAGACCGUUUUGAAGGUGUUAAAACGCUGCCAAAUGAAACUUUCACAGACUACCCGAAACAAAUCUUCAGGGUGAAAACCACACAGUUUUCCUGGACAGAGAUGCUCAUCAUGAAAUGGGUCUUAGGAAUGAUCUGGUCCGAGUGCAAGGAAAUCUGGGAGGAAGGGCCGAGGGAGUACGUACUGCACCUGUGGAACCUGCUGGAUUUUGGGAUGCUGUCCAUCUUCGUGGCCUCCUUCACCGCGAGGUUCAUGGCCUUUCUGAAAGCCAGCGAGGCGCAGCUGUACGUGGACCAGCACGUGCAGGACAGGACGCUGCACAAUGUCUCGCUUCCGCCGGAAGUGGCGUACUUCACCUACGCCAGGGACAAGUGGUGGCCCUCAGACCCGCAGAUCAUCUCAGAAGGGCUGUAUGCUAUAGCUGUCGUGCUGAGCUUCUCUCGCAUCGCCUACAUCCUGCCGGCCAACGAGAGCUUCGGGCCCCUGCAGAUCUCCCUGGGGAGAACCGUGAAAGACAUCUUCAAGUUCAUGGUCAUUUUCAUCAUGGUAUUUGUGGCCUUCAUGAUCGGGAUGUUCAACCUGUACUCCUACUACCGAGGUGCAAAGUACAACCCGGCAUUUACAACGGUUGAAGAAAGUUUUAAAACCUUGUUCUGGUCCAUAUUUGGCUUGUCUGAAGUGAUCUCGGUGGUGCUGAAGUACGACCACAAGUUUAUCGAGAACAUCGGCUACGUUCUCUACGGUGUUUACAACGUCACCAUGGUGGUAGUGCUGCUCAAUAUGCUGAUCGCCAUGAUCAACAACUCGUAUCAGGAAAUUGAGAAGACUCGUUACCAGCCUGGCAUGAGGAAUUCUGAGAACCUGACAGCCAAUAAUACUUUCAGCAAGCCCACCAGAUAUCAGGUGGCAACAUUGCUUCCUUCUGGAUUCCUCUUUGUUGGCCAACUUCAGUGUGCAGUCCGUGCCCUCUUCCCUGGUGAACUGAAGGAGAUCAAGCAGGACAUCUCCAGCCUACGCUACGAGCUUCUUGAGGAGAAGUCGCAAGCGACCGGGGAGCUGGCAGACCUGAUCCAACAGCUCAGUGAGAAGUUUGGAAAGAACUUAAACAGAGACCACGUGAGGGUGAACAAGGGCAAGGACAUCUAACUGUGCACCUGGGCAUCUGUGAC